AUCCACCUCGCAUUGGAUUCAGAUAGCGCUAAGCCGUGCAAGGGACUCUUUGGUGAACCGAGACUGCAACCACAAUGGGUGGAAUCAAAGGAGUUUUCAAGGAGGGCUGGCACCCCAAGGGUAAAGAGGGCCAAAAGGAAAGCUGGAGGGGUGACUUCAAAGGCAUUAACCAAGUGGCCGGAUGGAUGGGGAAAGGGAAAGACAGGGAUAAUGAUCGUGAGGAGCACAUAUCGAGGCCUCUUUCAUCGCUCAAGGACCCAGCGGCUUUUGGACCACCACCGAAGCAUAUCAACUAUCAUGGUGCCGCUGCUGUCCCGAAUCAAACAACACCAGACCGGAGGGGCCUAGGCGCCCCCUUAUCGCAGGAACGGAUCCAUCAACAGAGUGUUCGUCAACAACAAGAGGAGGCCGAAGCUGAGGCAGAGUCCGAGAAACCAGCGCCCCCUCCGUUGCCAUAUCGUGCAAACCGGACAGGGGUAGACCCAAGUACCCUCCCACCUCCUCCAGUUAGACGCAUGGGGUCACCUGCGGGUCCUGCAGCUUCUGGAACUAAGCCAAGUAUCCCGCCCCGGAUUCCUCCACGAACCAAUUCCACACCGCAGUCCCAUCCACCUACCCCUCCGCCUGCAUACUCUCCCCAUUCAACAGCAGAACAGUCCUCGGAUGGCUACCUGAAUCAAGGGGCUACUUCCCGCCUUGCUCAGGCGGGAAUUUCCGUUCCCGCUUUUGGAAUCGGGAGCCGUGGCGAUUCCCCGAGGUCUGCUUCCCCAGCUGCCACUCCAAGUGGGUCAAUUGGUCAAGCACCAGUCAGUGAGCUACAAACGCGAUUUUCGCAAAUGAGAACCGGAUCGGCGAGUCUAUCUCAAGCCCCUCCCCCGCCAGCUCGAGGCAACCUAUCUGAGUCCUCGGCGGAUGCGCAGAGUACUACAUCUGCAAUCAGGGACUUCCGCGAGAAACACGAUGACAAGAUUCAGGCAGGAAAGCAGAAGCUCAGUGGUUUCAAUGAGAAGUACGGGAUAUCCCAGCGCGUAAACAGCUUCUUUGAUGAUCGGAAGAGUUCCGCGCACUCCGACUCAGCUCCACCCGUGCCUCCUCACCCCAAUCUCAGUCGCACCAACUCUUGCAUUGAUAGCGAGACUCUAAGUCGAAAGAAGGCGCCACCACCGCCUCCUCCGAAAAAGGCAGGGAUGCGAUCUACUCCGGUGAAUGCGCCGUCUCCAACGCAGUCCCCGACACCUCCCCCGGUGCCACUUGGAACCAAACCACGCUGAGCGGGGGGUUGAUCAUACCACUAGUCAAUACCCGCUUGGAUGUUUGUCUUCUUGUAUUUCUUUUCUUUCGUUCUCGUAUCAUUAUUCUCAUCUUUCCUUGACUUGGCUUUCGUGCCAUGUAAAGGUAUUUUCCCGGCAUCGAAAGUUGUUGUAGCGAUUGUACCAUUACUAGUCCGGCGUUAAUUUAUUGAGGCAUCACACCAUUAUCAUUGCGGUUUAUAUAGCGUUGGGUGCUGUACAGACAAAUACCAGCCAAUAUUCAAUUCGUAGCCUGGGUCUAAGUACGGACAAGGUGUCCGUUUGUCAUGUCAGGGACAUUUUCCACUGGAUUGAAUAUGGCCUUUGCAGUGUGUCGAUAGAAACAUUAUAUUGAGAAAUUGAAAUACGGCCUUGAUGAUAUGUCAUUAAUCUGAAUUCAACAAGUCAAAGCAAAUCCUCUGGAGGGAGUACAGUGCAUAUAUCAUAACAUGGUAAAACCUCCCUGCCGUGGAUGCCUGAGGACAGAAACAGAUGACUCAGCGGUCAC